CGACGACGACGACGACGACAGCACCAACAACAGCACCAAGCCGCGAACGUUUGUUUGCUUUGACGAGUAUCAAAGUCCACGUACAUGUAUACGUAUGCACGUAAGUGUAAGAAGUUGCGGAGCCACUUAAAUCCCACCGAAAAAACGCAUCGGUCCGCAUGUGCGGAGGAUCUUCUCCGAUCGUGCGAGACGCGUCUUGGCCGUUCUAUCGACGUGUAUAUUGUUUCAACCACGACAAAAUAUCGCGUCCUCUCGGAAGGGCUUCUCGAAUUUCGUAGGAGAAAGAGUCGUAAACUCGACGAAGAUGUCGCGAGACGAGAGCCGACGCUAAAGUAUCACUUGCGAUAUGUAUUGUAACUCCGCGUAAAAAAGAGAAAAAAAAAAGAUACGAGAAGAAAAGAAAUGUAAUCAAAUUCUGUAGCAAAAAGGAAUAGAACGCUGAAUGAAAGAUACGAACAAAAGUGAUUGCAUUACGAAAUAUUUCCGUAGACUCGCUCGUAUGGAAAAUAAAGAGAAUGAAAUAAUAAGUAAAUCCGUUUAACUCGACGACCUUUUUCGAAAUGCCGCGGAGAAGCGAAGAUCGGUCUCUUAUAUAGCAACGGGAAGAAUCGAUCCCGUCGAUUCGCAAAUUAAAUUGGAUAACCGAGAGAUUUGCCCUUUGCUUUCGAAUCGAGUAACGCGUUUCAUUUAUCGCGCCGUAUGGGGUGCGACGAAUGCGGGCGUUGGAUCGACGAGGAUCCAUUUCAUCGAGUUUCUAAGAAAUCUGAAAACAGAUAUAUUCGCGUCGUUACAUCGCAACGUUCUAUAAACGAUAUUGAAAUUAUUUUGUGGGUCGGUUAAAACGAUACAAUCGGAAAUAAUUAAACGCGAAUUCAAAUUCGAUAAUUCUAAAUCAAUAAAAAUUCUUCCUGAGAGUACAACAGAUAUAUGCAGCAAUAACGAGUACCUAGAACACGGAAGUGAGAGUGAAACGUGGGUAGGAGAGAGCUCAAAGGCGAGAAGGAAAGAGAAACGAAUUCUCAUUGCGUAUGGAAGAGCGUAACUUUUGAUUCAAAUGGAGAGUAAUCGCCACGACGCUCACCGAGAUUACCCUCGUGGGAUUGUUCGAUAUUCUCUCUCUUUAUCUCUCUUAGCACAUUAUUUCUCCGAGAAGAUCGAGGAGGACGUAGAGGGUGAGGGCGAGGGCGAUACCGUGACAACGCCCUGUGAUAUCUCGGGUCGACCCUAUAAAACCUCAGGAUCGCUGCCGUAUCGGCACCAAUUCGUUCCGAGAGCGUCUCGAGGAAACUUGGGCAAGGAACAACGUCCAACGCGGGAGGAAGAGAUGAUCGAAUUCGUUGGUAAAUUUUCCUGGACGUCGAGGACCUUCUCUUAUUCCUGCCUUCUCCUAUUUUUCUUCUUCUUGACGUCCCGUACGACCGCGGAAUAUGAUUCGAGAGACGUAGCGAGCAUGUCGAACGAACGAACGCAGGACAACGAUUUUCGUUCGUGUACCGGAGGGAAGUGCAUAAAGAGGACUACGCAAGAGAUGAGCAGCGGGAUGUGGUUUGGACCGCGACUUGGAAAACGUCGAAAGUUCGAGGGUAGAACGGACAUGAACGCCGACUUGGAGACCGUCGGUAAUGCUUUCGACGGUUCAGGUUGGACCAUCGUCGCUUUACCAGGCGAGAAGGGACGGACGACUAAUCGAGUCAAGCUCGACCAAGAAGGAGACUACGACGCAGACGAACUUCCUCCCAAGUUUUUACUUUCGAAGGACUCGGAGAACGCACGAGACGAGGACGGAACGUUCUCGAGCGAACCAUUUUCUUUGGCGAUCAGUCGUGGUAAUCGUAGAAUCCCUAUGACGAUUUCAUCGCGAUUUGCCCAUCGAUCGCGCGUCCCGACGUUUUAGGGAAGAAACAAAGAAUGGAAGAUACCAGGCCAUAGUAACUAAAACUUAUACAGAACUUAUACAGAAAGAGAUUCAAUUAAGCAACGUCUUACUGGAACCACAUAAGAAAUAAAGUAUUCACGUUUGUUUGCAAUCCUCCAUUUAUUUCAUUUUGAUCCUAUCUCUCGAAGACGUCAAAAAAUAAUCACAUCGAAACGCGAUAUUUAUGUUCGCGUAGCAUAGAUAAUAAAAAAAAGGGGGCGUGUAUUAUUGCUCGAAGAUAUUAUUGGUAGGAAAAGAAGGAAGGAAGGAAGGAAGGAAGGAAGGAAAGAAAGAAAGAAAGAAGGAGGAGGAUGGAGCACGGUGCAUUUAGGGGUAAUUCCUCGAGCAGCGCUCCGUACCGAUGGGCCAUGUGGUAACGUUAGAUACAGCUCGUAAUCAUAAAACACGAAAACACCGGGAACGGAUAGGAGAUACGGAGUUAACCCAUUACCUCGAUUUAUUUCGACGACGAAUAAAAGCAACGAAUCCAGUUAACAUCUACGAAUGUAAACUUGCGAGCGAAAACGAUCGGUAAAAAACAAAAUUUUCCGUCUACGAGAUACAUAAAAGAGACCUUCUCUUUAUCCGAUCCAAUCGAACCGAUUCAAUGCGAAAUGACAAUUGAGUAAUUCGUCCAUCCUAA